GCGGCCUUUCGACGUCACGGGCGGGGAUCCGCCGCGGGCCUGGAGCGUUUAAAAAUGUCGCGUCUGCGGCGCGGCGCGGAGCAAGACACCCGAAUAGGUUUCAGAAGUGAAAGGAGAGACUGCUCUGCCUCAGUACCCCAGGGCCUGUUAAAGGCGGCAAGGAAGAGCGGCCAGCUAAACCUGUCGGGUCGGAACCUCAGCGAAGUGCCUCAGUGUGUCUGGAGAAUAAACGUGGAUAUUCCUGAGGAAGCUAAUCAGAAUCUUUCAUUCAGUGCUACUGAGCGAUGGUGGGAGCAGACAGAUUUGACCAAAUUAAUCAUAUCCAACAAUAAACUUCAGUCACUUACAGACGACCUCCGCCUCCUGCCUGCACUCACUGUUCUUGAUAUACAUGACAAUCAGCUGACAUCCCUUCCUUCUGCUAUAAGAGAAUUAGAAAAUCUUCAGAAACUUAAUGUCAGCCAUAACAAACUGAAACAACUCCCUGAAGAAAUUACAAAUCUAAGAAACCUGAAGGGCCUGUAUCUCCAGCAUAAUGAACUAACUUGCCUACCUGAGGGAUUUGAACAACUUUUCAAUUUAGAAGAUUUGGAUCUUUCGAAUAAUCAUCUCACAACUGUUCCUGUUAGUUUUUCUUCUCUCUUCAGUCUGGUACGACUCAAUCUUUCCAGUAAUCAACUGAAGAAUUUGCCAGCAGAAAUAAGUGGAAUGAAAAGAUUAAAGCACUUGGAUUGUAAUUCAAAUCUUUUGGAAACUAUACCUCCUGAAUUGGCUGGCAUGGAAUCACUAGAAUUGCUUUAUUUGCAGAGGAAUAAAUUACGUUUUUUACCAGCAUUUCCUUCUUGUAAAUUAUUAAAGGAAUUACAUGUAGGUGAAAACCAAAUUGAGAUGUUAGGGGCAGAGCAUCUUAAGCAUCUGAAUGCUAUCCUUGUGCUAGACCUGCGGGAUAACAAGCUAAAAUCUGUCCCAGAUGAAAUUACACUGCUGCAAUCAUUGGAAAGGCUUGACCUGAGCAACAACGAUAUUAGUAGUCUGCCCUACUCAUUGGGAAAACUUCAUUUGAAAUUGCUGGCACUAGAAGGAAAUCCUAUGAGAACCAUUCGAAGAGAAAUAAUAAAUAAAGGAACCCAAGAAGUCUUAAAAUAUCUACGAAGCAAGAUUAAAGAUGAUGGGCCUAGCCAAAGUGACUCUGUUAUUGAGACUGCCAUGACACUGCCAAGUGAGUCCAGGGUCAAUGUGCAUGCCAUCAUCACAUUAAAAAUAUUAGACUACAGUGAUAAACAAACAACUUUGAUUCCUGAUGAAGUGUUCGAUGCAGUAAAAAGCAACAUUAUAACUUCUAUUAACUUCAGUAAGAAUCAGCUAAGUGAAAUUCCAAAACGGAUUUUGGAACUGAAGGACAUGGCUUCUGAUGUCAAUCUCAGUUUUAAUAAGCUUUCCUUUAUAUCCUUGGAAUUAUGUAUGUUUCAAAAAUUGACUUUUUUAGAUCUCAGAAACAAUUUUUUAAAUUCUUUGCCUGAAGAAAUGCAAUCAUUGAUAAGACUACAAACAAUCAAUCUUUCCUUUAAUAGGUUCAAAAUACUACCUGAAGUUUUGUAUCACAUUUCUACACUUGAAACAAUUUUGAUUAGUAAUAAUCAGGUUGGAUCUGUGGACCCUGAAAAAUUGAAGACAAUGGAAAAUCUGAUUACACUGGACCUUCAAAAUAAUGACCUUCUACAAAUUCCACCAGAGCUUGGUAAUUGUGUGAACUUAAGAACGUUACUACUAGAUGGAAAUCCAUUCCGCGUUCCUCGGGCAGCCAUAUUAAUGAGAGGCACAGCUGCUGUUCUGGAAUAUUUGAGAGACCGAAUUCCUACUUAAAUUGGAGUUGUUUUAUAAUUCUGAUCAUGUGAAUUCUUAGAAUUCUUACAUUGAUAAUUAACAUUUUCUAAGGUGUUGUGUACAUUUGUAGUGGUGAUAACAUGUGCAGUGUACAUACAUAUGGUCUGAAUGUUUUGCACAAGAUUUAUCCUACUCAUUUUCAUUCCCUUAUAACAUAGAAGACGGUUUGUUUAAAACUGAAUUUUUAUUUAAUGUAGUUUAAUGCUUUUAUGACAAAGCAUGUUUGUAGAAGUGGUCCCCCCAUUUGUUUGUGUUACAUAUAAUGUGACCACUGACUUGAGUAUGACCAUCCAAUUUUGAUCUUUUUAUUUGAUGUAAAAUUGACUUGAAUUUGUUCUUUUGCCUUUUAAAAAAAAUCAAACUUUUCAAUUACUGAUGAUAGGAUUUUUGUGAUGUAGUUGGGUUCAGCAUAAGGUUAAAAUUAACAUCACAGUAUUGUUUUUGUUUUAAUCUAGUUGAAAUAUUUCUAGCCUUUACCCCAUGUUUUAUGAAAUCAUUUUGUCAUGGUUUCUAAGGUCACAGAAAUGCUACACAAGACAGUUGUUGGUGGAGAAAAUAAUAAAAGUGUUGUUAUAAUUACUCUCACGAUUUUGAAUUUAAAACUUGACAAGGUUUUUUAAAUGAUGUCUUUGUAUUACGUUUACAUACAAUAAUUUGGUUUUUCUAGAUUCAAGAAGUUUAAAGAGACUGGAUGUGCAUAUUUUUCCCUCAGUCUUACCAGUGUAAAAAUACUUCUUGUUCUUUUUAUAAAAAAGUACUGAAGACCUGAUUUUGUUAAUUCUAUAGAUGUUAGCAACAGAGCAUAACUAAUAAUGUGUACUGCAUAGAAAUCUCGAAAUGUACUUUGUUUAAAUACUUACUAAGCAGAUAUUUGUAUAUAUAAUCUCAUCUGUGGUGUAUUGUAAUCCACCCUUGUGCAUUUUUUUAAAAUUCCAGGGCCUUAAUUUUUAAAUUUGCUUGUAAUGUUCAUAAGACUAAACUUGUCAUGUGGUAAUUUUAUAAAAGGGAAGUUGUUACAGGUGAACUUCAUUUAAUAAAUAUCAAAUAUAAACAUUUUUAUUUACACCAGAAACAUGUGGAGUAGGCUAGGCUGAUCAGUCAUUAUAAAAGUUACCAUGUGAUUCAAUUAAGUAACCAAUCAAUAGGAUGUAUAUUAACUCACAUAGAUAGAUGGGAUGGAUAGAUAGAUAGAUAGAUACCUUUUGGAUGAUUGAGGCAUGCUCAUAUUAUGGAAAAAAUCAUUGCUAAUAAAGAUAAAUAGUACAUGUUUGUAGUAAAAGUUACAUUUGCAAAUAUUAA